UCGACGAUAGUUAUCACGACUCGAUCUCCUUUUUCCCCUCUUCCUCCUUCCCGAUCUUGAUCGCUCCUUCGAUCUUCUCGUGAGGGUUUCUGUCGGACCGUAGCGGACAUGGCGAGGAUGAUCACGCUGAGGAGCUCGGACGGCGAGGUGUUCGAGGUGGAGGAGGCGGUGGCGAUGGAGUCGCAGACCAUCAAGCAUAUGAUCGAGGACGACUGCGCCGACAACGGCAUCCCCCUCCCCAACGUCUCCUGCAGGAUCCUCGCCAAGGUAGUUGAGUACUGCAAGAAGCACGUCGACGCCGCCGCUUCCAAGUCGUCAUCCGACGACGCCGCCGGAUCUGGGAUCUCCGAUGAGGACCUCAAGUCCUGGGAUGCCGAAUUCGUCAAAGUCGACCAGGCCACCCUAUUCGAUCUGAUAUUGGCAGCAAACUAUCUGAACAUCAAAGGGCUGCUGGAUCUGACAUGCCAAACCGUGGCUGACAUGAUCAAGGGGAAGACACCUGAAGAGAUCCGCAAGACCUUCAACAUCAAGAACGAUUUCACGCCCGAGGAAGAGGAGGAGGUGCGGCGGGAGAACCAGUGGGCAUUCGAAUGAAUUUUGAGAAGGUCGGUCCCGUUCGAAGCGUUUAGUUUCUGCCGUUUAUCUAAGUUGGUAUUUUAUGAGUGUUCAUUCAUAUUGGGGGGAGUUAUCUGCUACUAUCAAUGUUUCUUCUGUUAACCGUGGAUAAUUUAUAGCUUUAUAUUUCGUAUGUCGUUUAACGAUUGCACCAUCUGACUUGUGAAAAAAGAUGUAAUUCCAAGGCAUCAGUAUGUGUUCGAUCUUAUUUCCUUUC